UCAAUUUCCCCUCCCUCUCUCCUUCGUCGAGAAGCAUGCACGAUUUCUUUAUGAUUUUUCCCAGAAAAAAAAAGAUUUCAUCUUCACGCAAAAGGAAUAAUCUUUCGACUGUUUUCCUCUGUGGAUUAACCUUCCCUCAAAACCCAUAUCUUUUCUUUCUCAUUUUCCGAUUUUGUUUCAUCGUAAUACAGAUCUCUCUGUUUUUCUCAAAGCAUCUUCCUUUCUUCAGAUCUGAGGAACUUUUCAGAUUCUGAUGUCGAAACCCUGGGGCGGAAUCGGAAUCGGAGCGUGGGCGGACGAAGCUGAGCGUGCCGACGAAGAGCAAGCUGCGGCGGCGGCGGAUGUGGAGAGUUUUCCGAGCUUGAAGGAGGCUGCGAGCAAUGCCAAGUCUAAGAAGAAGAAGAAGAUGAUGAUGACUUUGUCUGAGUUUACAUCCGGUGCUUACGCGGCGCCUGGAGGUAGAAGCUCCGUUGGGUUGACGCAGCAAGAGAUUCUCCAGUUGCCCACUGGUCCUAGGCAACGGUCUGAGGAUGAAAUGCAGCAGCCUGGACGGUUAGGCGGCGGUUUCUCUUCUUACGGAGGUCGUGGGCCUCGAGAUCGAGAUGAUUCCGGUGGUGGUAGGAGACCUUAUGGUGGUGGGUUUGAUGAUGAGAGGAGAGGCGAUCAGUCUAGGGUUUCGGAUUUUCCGCAAGCUUCGAGAGCUGAUGAGGAUGAUGAUUGGGGCAAAGCGAAAAAGCUUCAAUCUUUCGAUCAGGGACGACAUGGUCGUUAUAGUGGUCUCGGAGGCGGUGGAGGUGGCAGUUAUAACGGUGGUGGUGGCUUCUCCAGAGCUGACGAGACCGAUAAUUGGGCGGCAGGUAAGAGGCAAGCUCCGGUACGGUCAUCUACAUUUGGGUCCGGUUACAGUGAUUCAAACCGUGAACCCGACCGUUGGUCAAGAGGAGUAGCUUUAGGUGGUGUUCAGGAGGAACGUCGUCGUUUGGUUUUGGAGCCACGGAAAGUUGACUCAGGAGCGAGUGAAACUCCACCUGCCGGUGCGAAAACGAGUAAAGCUAAUCCGUUUGGGGCAGCUAGGCCAAGGGAGGAUGUUUUGGCGGAGAAAGGUUUGGACUGGAAGAAGCUUGAUUCGGAGAUUGAGGCUAAGAAAGGAAGUUCUCAAACUAGCAGGCCUUCAAGUGCUCAGUCUGAGAGUUCAGGAUUGAGUAAUGUGGCGAAACCAAGGCCAAAGGUGAAUCCUUUCGGGGAUGCAAAGCCUAGAGAAGUGUUGCUUGAAGAACAAGGGAAAGAUUGGCGCAAGAUGGAUAUGGAACUUGAACAUCGCAGAGUUGACAGGCCUAAAACAGAAGAAGAGAAGAUGUUAAAGGAAGAGAUUGAAGAGCUAAGGAAAAAACUCGACAAGGAAUCCAUUGCUCCAGAGAUUAAACAAUCUGAUCAAGAAUCCGGGAGUAAUAACAAUCACCAUGACUUACCGGAAACUCUACGCGGCAAAGAGAAAUAUCUGGAAAUACUAACCCGUGAGUUGGACGACAAAGUCAGGUUCAGGCAGAGACCAGUUGAAAGGC